CAUUAACGGGGCAAGGGGGAUGCUAUAGUUUACUGUUGCUGUUCCCAACACCGCCGAAUGAGAAUGGACUAAAUACUUGAGUACAGCUUUAAUGGACUUAAGUAUUUCUUGAGCUGCUUUCCAUUACUACUUAACUACUGCGCAUUUCUAGUCAAAUAUUCAAGUUUCUGGCAGCUUGCACACAUUAAAGAGGACUGAACGGUGCUCCCAUUCAUGAAGCUGUCUCUCAGUUGUAGACUGACAGUGGAUAUGCCUUCCUCCUUGAAAGCUUCUUGUCUCUGACAGGUUUAAUUGGAGUUCCAGUGACCAAAUAACAUUUCAACUCCUGAUCUUUAAUCGAUUUGAUUUAAUGCCGUAAUGAGGGAACAGGCCUCGUGGUCAUGAAACUGCUUGUCCAUCAAUUUUCCAAUUAAUUUCAAGCCUUUGACAAACAGUAACUAUGCGUAAAAAUGUCUAAUUGUUAAACAGGUUAUGUAAUUCUUUGUAAAAUCCCUUCAGUUAAGUCUGCACUUGAUUUAAUAUCCAGUGUAGUGGUAUACAGGAGCAAAUUCACAUGGUGUGAAUGCAGUACAUCUUAGAAAGUUUGAAUACCUCACUCGCAGCUACAAAGACGAAGUCAGGUUAUGUUUUCAUGCCAGUGCACAGCAAUGAGGUCGCUGAAUUCAGUCGAGACAUGUGACUUAAAUCUCAGGCAUGACCUAGAUUCAGAGGGCUGCCCUUCCCUGUAUGCUAAUAUUCUCUCCACCUAUUGUGGAGAACCACAUGUUCAAGGAGCAUGGGAAGCUUGUGUGCAGAACUUUCUAGUGAAACCCAUUCUAAUAAAAUAAAGAAGAAAAAAACUGACCUGUGUUUUAGUCCUCUACAGAUGGUCUCUACUUUGGCCAUCUGUGGCAGCUUUUUAGGCAGUCAGGACACACAACAAAUACAUAUCUUUCAUCCUACAUGAAAAGCAUGUUUAGUCCAAUUUUCCAGGGGUUUUCAUGUUACUCUUAAAAGGUCACAUGGUCUCUAAUGUGCUGAGUAGGUUUCAUAACCACUGAGUCAGUGACACCCAUUGAAAGCCUGUUGUAUAAUUUCUGUGUCAUGUUGUGAGAAUGAGGUUUUAGGGUCAUUUAAGAGCCUCAGAUAUGGGGAAAGAUGCUGAUCCAUGAAGCUUGUAUGGCACAGGCAGCCUUAUUUAACUAACUGCUCUCAAUCGCUUCUCUCCGACCCAGCAGUGACGACUCGAUAAAUAUCUGUUCCCUUUCAGCAUCUGCAUUAUUUUCAUAAGUUUGACAUCCAACAUUCACUGCUCUGUCUCUGCAGUUUGAUAUGACAGAGGUUCACUUUACUUCUGUAAUCCUGCCAUCCGCUCUCCAUCACUCCACUCUACCCAGGGGAUUUGGCUGCCAUUAAGAGAUGGCUUUUUGAUGUGUGUUUUCCAUCAUGAACGCAGACAGGCACACGCACGCGCAUUUGGUGAAGUGGGGUGGAUGAAGGGUAAAAAAAUGCAGCAUUUUUUGUUGGGGAACCGUGGCAGGCAGAAGCUUCCGCUCAGCUCGCUCAGUGAUGCUGUUGAAGGUGCCCUUUGUGGACUGACAUGGGAUGGACACAUGCAUGACUAUUUGGGCAGUGACGUUUGGUACACAUGGAUGCAACUUUGUGGAAAGAGCUACAGACCUCCGUUAAUCCUGGCAUGUCCCAGAUGAGCGGCUACAGUAAUGACUGUCAUCAUUUUCACUGUCUCUGUGCUUUGCCUGCUGCCUCAGGCGGUGCUGGCACGGUGGGCUUGUGUUCGCGCCUGCCCACCAUCCUGCACCUGCACGCAGGAGAAGAGCUGCAGCGUGCUCUGCGACCGCUCCGGCCUGGCUGAGCUGCCCAAAGAGUUUCCGUGUGAGGCCUCCGCCAUCAACCUGGACAAAAACAGGCUCAAGUUCUUGUCAGAAAGGGCCUUUGGUACUCUGCCCUCCCUCAAGUCUCUCUCUCUGGACCACAACAACAUCUCCUUCAUUACCCCAGGAGCCUUUAAGGGCCUCUCGAACUUGGUGGAGCUGAAAAUGGCGCACAACGAGUACAUCAGCUACCUUCACACACGAACUUUCACAGGGCUGAAGAAGCUGGUGCGCCUCGACUUGUCCGACUGUAACCUGUUCAGCAUCCCUGAUCGUAUCUUUAUAGAGCAAACGGCACUGAAGGAGCUGCUCUGUUUCCAAAACAACUUCAGGAGGAUCCCGGGGGCCAUCAGAGGCAUGGAAAACUUGACUCACAUCUAUCUGGAGAGAAACAAGAUAGAGGCAGUGGCCUACAACUCCCUGCUGGGCCUGGGUAGCCUCAAGUACCUGAACCUCCAGGAGAACCGCAUCAACGUGAUCCAUGAGCAGGCCUUCCAGGACCUUACACGGCUGGAGAACCUUUACCUCAAUGACAACUUGCUGUCUGAUUUGCCCAAGCUCGCCUUCAAAGGCCUCAGCCGGCUCAAGAUGCUCAACCUCGGGGGUAACCAGUUGACCAACCUGUCCAAGACCUGGUUCAGUGACCUGGUGGAGCUGGAGGUCCUGUACCUAGACAGGAACCAGCUGCUAUACAUCGAGGAGGGCACUUUUGAGAACCUGACCAGCCUAAUCACGCUCCACCUGAACAGCAACAAUCUUACCACCCUUCCCUUCCCUGUUUUCCAGCCCAUCUACUUCCUGGGCCGGCUUUACCUCUUCAGAAACCCCUGGGAGUGCGACUGCUCCCUUGAGUGGCUGAAGGAGUGGAUGGAAAACUACAAGCUGGUGCGGGACAUCCCCUGCGCUUCACCUUCCUCUGUGGCCGGACUGGAUCUCGGUGAGGUGGUCUUCGCCAAGGUGAAUGGCACAUGUGUGGACCCCGCCGAUCUCAACCUAACUACGGCCUCCUCGGAGAUCACCUCCACCACAGAGAACCGCUUCAAAAGCCUCAUUUUCACACUGAUCCACCCGGAGUUCGGGGAUCAGAUGGGAAACGGCACAGAGAGCCUCCGCAACGGGACCCUGAUUGAGAGCGAGGAUGGGCAGCUCUCUGCAGGGGUCACAGGUCAACGGGCCUGGCCAAGCGAAUCUCUUUUUUGCUUCAUUGUGAUGUGGCUCAGCUUGGGUUUGAUUGGCCAGUCAGAUCUAUUUUUCUCUCUGUACUGCACGUGAGAACAGUGGAGAUGAGAUCUGCUUCAUGACCCACAUGAGGAACAUGGGAAGCUUUUUUAAAAAAAUGCUCCCGAGAUAAAAGAUGGUUUUAUUUACUCAUGCGAAUAUAAAAGGGUUGCUAUUCAUGUUUGCGUGUGUUAAUGCUCUGAUGUAGGAUUUUGGGAUUGUUUUCCUGGUAAAAUGCAAACAGGGGAAACUGAAUAUUUUCAGGUAAGAAGGACUGGAUGUGGUUUACCAUACUGGUUAUAGAUUAAAGAUUUAUAUAUACUACUUCAUAUGUGAUCAUGCUCCUCCUCGUUCAUAUACAAAUCUGUACAGCGGCAGGAUUCAUCUGUGCAAUUGCAGUGGCAAUGAAACUCAAACUGUGUAAGCUAACAUCUAUUUUUUUUGUUGCAUAAGUCGUCAUUUUAAUUAUGAUGUAAUAUUCAUAGCGUUACAUAGUCCGACUAUUUUGUUUUUGUAUUUUCGUUCACAAUGUUAAAGGAGAUGAGAGCUCCUGUAGUUAUCUCCUAAACACACGUCCGCUCUUUUUUGUGUGUAGGCUCUGCAGCUUUUCCACAAAUGCAUUAAUCUUCUUACCGCAUGCAGCUCGGUGUCGUCGCUGCUUGUGUGUGCUAUAAAGUAACACAGACGGACUUUAUCUUUGCCUCUAGUGCAUGGGUAUAAUCUCUCUCUAUACAGGGACUGUGGUGAGUCAUUGCCAUGUAUUGUGGAUGGAGGGGGGGCAGUGUCAAAGCAUGUUUAAUGCAUAUGUACACACUUACACUGUUGUGCUUUGUGUGGCUGACAUACCAUAACACAGGCGACUGCUUUCUUUCUACCCCGGUGAGUGUGAGUAGUUUGGUCAGACAGCCUGUGGUGCAGUUCAGUUUUGUUAUUAGACACAAUGCUCUGUCAAAAUCUAUUUUUCUAAAUAAAAUAAAUAAUUAAGCUUUCAAUGUGCUGGUUCAGUGACUCCUUUCAGCAUCAGUCGAGGGGUUGACCCGUUUCACUUAAUCCGCCCAGUGGCCUCUUUGGCUCGUUAAUGUGGGAUUAUGCUGGGACUAAGACAAGCGAGGAGGCUGAUGUCGCACCUCGUUCCUCUCGCUCUCAACAUUUUCUUUUGCUCGUCCAAUUCCAGGUCACAGGGGAGCAGGAGGAGUCUGUCCCAGCUGUCAUGGGAACAGGAGGAGAGGCACACCCUGGACAGAUCGCCAGUCUGUCGCAGGGCUGCAAAGGUUCAUAUCUGAACAAAUUUCUAAUGUGAUAACAGCUAUGACAGACUUGCAUUAAUUAAUAUAACAUCAUCUUUAGUCAGUGGAAUUUCCAGGCACCUUUCCAAGAAUUUAUGAUUACAUGUUAAACCUUUCUAGGAAAUGAACUGGAAACAACAGAAACUGUGAUCAAGGGGAAAAUCCUUCUGCUUUGAAGAUUAGAAACAUUAUUGCAUGUCUCAUGGACAUAUCAUGUAACAUAUGUGAUGUAGUAACAGGAUUGUUCAGUACAGCACACAUAACAAUCAUAGCAAAUAGAGUAGUACAUUUAGAGAUUAAAUUUACUUCUCAACAUAUAACAUGUUGGAAUUAUCUUAACAACUUUUACUGCACCAUAAUGCACUGAGCGUUGUUACUUACUGAUGCUUUAAAUAUUUUACUACCUGUGGUCAUAUUUGUGCAUGGUGGCAGGGCUAUGCUUGUUUAGCUCUCUGAGGUCUAAGUCAUCAUAGGUGCCAACGUUCUCCUAACCCUGUAUUUUGGAGAAGGGCACGUGUUUGCCAAUUAGAAUGAUUAAUUUGCUCAUUUUCCGAUCGCCAAGACUUAGAAAACAGUUUAAUACAAACUGUAGUGACAUAGGGUUGUAGAUGUCACUGAUGAUGUCUCAGACCACAGGAUUAAGUACAUCUUCUAGUUCAACUGUAUUAUUAUUCAAAAUCAACAAAGCAGCCCAGGUCUCGAGGAUAAACAGCAGUCAUCUGGGAAUUAUGCACUCAGACUGUCAUGUCUAAAGCUUUAACCCUCUGUUGCCAUACAGCAUUCAGCUUUAAUCUAAUCCUAAGGAAACAGAAUAUAUAUAUAUUUUCUUUUUAUUAAACUAUUCUCCAAAGUCAUGGAAAUCACAAACUAACUGACACAAAAAAGACAGUUUUGGCCUUCUUUAAAGUACAGUUUGUCACCCAUGAUGACUCAGACCUCAGCGAGUUAAAGGGAAGCCUGGUGGAGCUGCAGCCUAUCAAUCAAAAUGCUCUAUUAGGAUAUAAUAACUGGGAUUGUCAAUGAAAAGUCAGGACUCUUGCAAUCACAUAAUGACUAUAUACUAUGUUAUUGCAUUACCAACAGUCUGAUAGAUAGUGUUAGAGACUAGCUUACCAACGAAAUGAGCAUUUAGCAGCUAAAGCAGCAGCUAGUUCCCUCAGGAGUUGGUGGAGCCCAAAAACACACUGACUUUGUAAAGGUGGCAAUGAUACACAACAAAUGGAGACCUCAUUUCUAAUUCACCACUACAGUGUCCUGACUUGAAAUCUCAGUUGUAGCACUUUCUUUUGUUUUUCUUUUAAUUUCAGCUAUAGCCAAUUAGCUUUGUUGUAUUUUGUUUUUCAUAGACACAGAUAGUUGCUAAUCAGUGCAACUCAUCAAAACUGAAAGCCAAACUCACAGGUCUGUUAGUAACCACAUAACCAUAUAACUAUAUUAAAAUAAUCCCUCAUGGUACAUACGGGUAUAAGAUCAAGUUCAGUGACUCCAGUUAGAAAAUGUGAAGCCCAAUGAAUAGCUAUUGUUUACACUUGCACAUGUGUGUCAGCUGGUAAUUUAAAUAUGAAGGUCUAUGGAGAUGUCGGUGAUGGCUCACUCUUAAAGUUAGCCUGAAGUGGUGAACAAAGUUUGCCAUCUCUCACUCAGAGAACCAAGGUUACAGCGUAACCUUACAUUGUCUAUUGCAUCAAGAUAGGCAACCUCUCACUCAGAGAACCAAGGUUAUAGCGGUAUAUUCUGUAAAUGCUGAAUAUAUAAGCAACAAUUUGCCACAAAGUUGUAUCACCUUAAAUGGGAAACUUUUCCCCUAGCAAUACAUCCAUCUAAAAUAUUUUCAUGUGAGUUUUCUUGCAUUUAAUAAAAUCAGAUGACACUUGCCCUGCGGUGAUUAAAGUGCCAAAAAAGCUACAUCAAAACUUCUGCAUGAAGUGAAUGUUAAUAUUUUAUUUCUCUGUGUCAGACUCAACAAAUCUUCACGUUCUUCACUGUUGAUCCAAGCUGGAUCUCUGCCUCCACCUCAGUGAUAAAAGUGUGUGAGAGGAUCGUGGUCAUUGUACAUUUUCCUGACUCCCAGGGCUGUUCUCUAUAAAUCAGUGUGGGGCUUUCAGAGAAGGUGAAGAAGCCAGAUUUUAAAAAUCAAUUAUUUUUCUUCUUCUUGCUUAGGUAACACAUCAACUGUGAGAUAUUUAACAUCCAUACCUGAUAAAAAAUGAAUAAAAAAAAAAGAAAACGAACCACAGCUGUCCUGUCAACUGCUCCUUGUUUUUCUUUCCCCUGACGUUAAUGCUAUGGGAUUAUUCAACAGCAAACCACAGGUUUCAGCUCUGGAGGACUCUAAUCGCUCACUUGCAUUGAUUGAAAUCACCAAAUGCAGUGUUUCAACAGAGAGGUCAGCUUAAUGCACAUUCACCUGAGGUAUAUAAGCCUCAGGAAUGUAUGACAUGCUGGACUCCAUUUAUUAUGCGUGACUUUAACUAAAAGUCAGGCUUUUCUUUCUGGUGGAACGAUGCAUGCACAUACACACAUAAAUACAUGAUUAACUUCAUCUUCAUAUGUGCCACAAGGUGAAGAGUAACAAGGUCAUUUGCAUCUGAAACAUUUAAAUUAGCCAGUUGUUUGAUGAUAUGAAAAAUAUAUUGGGAAAUGCAAUAGAUAACACGUUUUUCUCUCUGCAGUGCAGCGUGAAUGCAUGCUGUGUGAAACAACAGAGCUUCCUGUUGCUGUUUCCUCCUCCAUUCCCUACUUAUGCUGCUGAAUGAAGGCCAGAAGGUGGUUUUGCAGAACAUUACAAUGAUGUGUAACCUUUUCACACUGGCCUUAACCACCAAAAUCUAAUGAGUUAAGAAGAGGCUUUUGGGGCCAUAUCCAUCAAGGUAUUCCUGAGUUUGCCAGUAUGAAA